AUGAAUUAUGCACCAUCCUUGUGGAACCAUGGCUCCAUUUUUUCCCUUCCUAUCAUUCUAUUUACUAACCGUGCUCUUUUAGACGCCAUACCAGAACAAACCGACUACUCUAAUCCAGUUAAGGACAACUUCCAACAAGACAUCAAAAUCAUUAAGCGUAAGUUGAAUGGAUAUGUGGGAUUCGCUAAUUUGCCAAAGCAAUGGCACAGAAAGUCCGUUAGAAGGGGCUCAUUCUUGAACAUCAUGGUUGCCGGUGCUAGUGGAUUGGGUAAGGCUACGUUGAUCAACACUCUUUUCAACAGAGAGAUUUUAACUCCUGGUUUCAAUGAAGAGGAUGAAGAAGAUGCAGUUGAUGGACCCAAUGGUCUUCACAAGAAAAAUGUAGUCAAGAUCAAAACUACGGAAUCCACAUUGGAAGAAGAUGGAGUCAAGUUGAAGUUAAGCGUUAUUACCACUCCAGGAUUUGGAGGGUCAGUAAACAACCUGGAUUCUUGGAAACCAAUUGUAGAUGAAAUUAACCAAAGAUUCGACAAGUACUUGGAAGCGGAAAGUAGAAUAAAUCGUUCCACAAUCGAAGAUCAAAGAAUCCAUGCAUUUUUAUAUUUCAUCGAACCUACCGGUCAUUCUUUGAAUGCCUUGGAUAUCACCUUAAUGAAGCAAAUCCAUGAAAAGUGUAACUUAAUCCCAGUCAUUGCCAAAUCAGACACUUUGACCGAUGAAGAAAUUUACGAUUUCAAGCAAAGAAUUUUGAAUGAUAUCAAGUUCCAGAACAUCAAAACUUUUAAGCCGCUUGAUUAUGAUAAUGAUGAUGACGAAACUUUGUCAUACACCAAGCAAAUCAUGGAAAAGUUACCAUUUGCAGUGGUAGGAUCCACCAGCGAAGUCCGUACUGCAGACGGAAGAGUUGUUAGAGGUAGAUCAUACCCAUGGGGUGUCAUUGAGGUUGACAAUGAACAACACUGUGACUUUAUUAAAUUACGUCAAUUGUUAAUUAAGAGAUUCCUUGAAGAAUUGAAAGAACAUACAGCUAAUGUAUUAUAUGAGAAGUAUAGAGCAGAAAAGUUAAGUAGAAUGGGAAUUGAACAAGAUCAAUCCGUGUUCAGAGAAUUCGAUCCAUUAGCUAGACAAGCAGAAGAGAAGGCGUUACAUGAAGCCAAAUUGGCAAAGAUGGAAGCUGAAAUGAAACUGGUUUUCCAAGAAAAGGUCAGUGAAAAGGAAAAGAAAUUGCAAAGAUCUGAAGCCGAUUUGUUCUCAAGACACAAGGAAAUGAAGGAUAAGUUGACCAAGCAAAUAAAGUUAUUGGAAGAUAAGAAGAUCCAAUUGGAAAAGCAAAAAUUAUUACCACAAGAACCAACUCCUGCCCCUGCGCCAGCACAGAAGAGUAGAAAGGGAUUUUUACGUUAG